CUCAUAAAAUGGUCCAUGUACAGGGAUGAAGAACUGGUGGAUUUUGUCAUCCCCGUGUAUCCUGGGCAAGAUGCUGGUGUUUCUGAGCCUGAGUGGUCACCAGACAGGGAAGGUGAACCUCAAGGGCACUGGUAUGAUAAGAUGUACUCUAUCCGAAGUCUGCCCACAAUGUUGUACCGAGAGCGAGCUGAAGAGGACGGGAUUGAGGACAUGACACAACUCGAGGAACUUCAUGAAGCUGCUGUUUUACUCAACCUUAAAAAAAGGUUUGACCGAGAACUGAUUUACACAUACAUUGGAAGUAUUCUAGUAGCUGUAAAUCCUUACAAGAUGUACAAUAUUUAUGGGACAGACCUGGUGCUUCAACACAAAGGACAUGCCCUUGGUGAAAAUCCUCCGCAUUUAUUUGCUAUAGCAAAUGCGGCUUAUGCAAAAAUGAUGGAUGCCAAACAGAACCAAUGCAUCAUUAUCAGUGGUGAGAGUGGCUCUGGCAAGACUGAGGCCACAAAGUUGGUCCUGCGCUAUUUGGCUGCUAUACAACACAAGCGCAACAUUACACAGCAGAUUGAGAUUCUCGAAGCUGCUCCACUCCUAGAGUCAUUUGGAAAUGCCAAAACCGUCAGGAAUGAUAACUCAAGUCGAUUUGGGAAAUACAUAGAGAUAUUUUUGGAGGAGGGUGUGAUUAGUGGUGCCAUAACCUCACAGUAUCUACUUGAAAAGUCAAGGAUUGUGUUUCAGGCCAAAGAUGAAAGAAACUACCACAUUUUUUACGAGAUGCUUGCAGGCCUUCCUUCACAGCAAAAACAGUCAUUGUACCUCCAAGAGGCAGAGACCUACUAUUACCUCAAUCAGGGUGGGAACUGUGAGAUCACUGGUAAAAGUGAUGGGGAGGACUUCCGCAGGCUUCUCAGUGCCAUGGAAAUCCUUCAUUUCAACCCUGAAGAUCAAAAUGGCAUCUUCAGGAUCCUGUCAUCUAUUCUCCAUCUGGGAAAUGUCUUUUUUGAGAGAUAUGAGACAGACUCUCGGGAAAUGGUGUCAGUGGUGAGUGCUCAGGAGAUUAGAGUGGUGGGAGAACUCUUACAGAUUUCCCCUGAGGCCCUGCAGAAAUCUAUGACUUACAAAGUGAUGGAGACAAUGAGGGAGAAGAUCUAUACCCCUCUAUCAGUGGAGAGUGCAGUUGAUGCCAGAGAUGCAGUUGCCAAGAUCCUGUACUCCCUCCUUUUCAACUGGUUAACAGACAGAAUCAAUACUUUGGUUUACCCAAUGAACGAGACACUGUCCAUCUCCAUUCUUGAUAUCUACGGCUUUGAGGACCUCAUCUUCAACAGCUUUGAACAGCUUUGCAUAAACUAUGCAAAUGAGUACCUACAGUUCUUUUUCAACAGGGUCAUUUUCAGGGAAGAGCAAGAGGAAUACAGCAGAGAGGAAAUUCCCUGGGAAGAAGUGUAUUAUAAUGACAAUCAGGCCUGCAUUGACCUCAUUUCAGCGAAACCCCAUGGGGUGCUUCGGAUCUUGGAUGACCAGAGUGGUUUUCCACAGGCUACAGACCACACCUUCCUUCAGAAAUGUCACUAUCAUCAUGGCCACAAUCCUCUGUAUUUCAAGCCAAAAAUGCCUCUCCCUGAAUUUGCCAUUAAACACUUUGCUGGAAAAGUCACCUAUCAGGUCCAUAAAUUUUUGGACAAAAAUUAUGAUCAGGUUCGCCAGGAGGUGCUCAAUCUUUUCGUGCAAAGCAAAAAUAAGAUGGUUGCACAUCUGUUCACAAGCUAUUCAGAAACUGUGAAUCAACAGAAGAAGACCAGCACGGUUACACGCAAAUAUCAGCCAUCCACAGUUGCUGCCAAGUUCCAGCUAUCUCUUAUGGAGCUUGUGGAAAAGAUGGAGAGAUGCAACCCAUUCUUUGUGCGCUGCAUAAAGCCAAACCAUAACAAGGAGCCUGGAGUGUUUGACAUGGACCUGGUCAGCACUCAACUUCGUUACUCUGGGAUAUUGGACACCAUCCGCAUUAGGGGACAGGGCUAUCCAAUCAGAAUACUCUUUGAUGUCUUCCUUUUUAGAUACAAAUCCUUGCUGGGCCUAAAGCAGGCUCCUCCUGCCACUGGGGAAAACUGUGUUAUCAUGCUAAGGAAGCUUUGUCCUUUAAGACCAGGAGCUUUUGAAGUGGGCAUCACCAAGCUGUUCUUAAAAGAAGACACCUAUUACAUGCUGGAGAGUAAGAGAGACAGAGUGAGGCAUGUUGCUGCUUUGACCCUGCAACGCUACACUCGAAUGUUCUUUGUACGGAAACGCUAUGUAGCCUUUCGCAUGAAAAUCAUUCGAUUGCAGGCGCACUGCCGAGGUUACCUCAUACGGUACAGAUUCUCACUGCUGAAACACUAUGUGAAAAUGCGAGUGAAUCUGGCCAGAUUCCGCUCAGUGGUCCACAUGUAUGUAAAUCAAAAGAGAUACAUUAAGAUGAUAUUAGAAGCCAAGAGGAGGGCAGAAGAGGAGCGAAUCCGAAUAGAAAUGGAGUUGGCAAAACGGGAAGUCGUCAACGUCACACACUUGGCCAUUCCAGCAGAACUUGGGGGGUUAUUACAAGCAGUUGCAGGAGGUAGAGAGCUUCAUUCUGAUUGCUUAGCUCUUGUACAGGCACCAACAGUUCAGGCGGAAUCCCAGCUCACACUGCCCCUCGACAUCAACAACUACCCCAUUUCUAAAUUCAUCCAGCUUCAUUUCAGAGAACCAAUGUUUGGAAUGUUGACUGCACCUUUGAAAAUGCCCUUGACACAUUUAGAUGAUGAUCUCACACAGGAAGCUCUAGAUAUCUUCAUCAUGAUUUUGAGAUUUAUGGGUGACCCACAUUUGAAUGGUGCCCAGGAGAAUUUACUCGGAAACUACAUCAUUCAGAAAGGGCUUUCCAAUCCUGGCUUACGAGAUGAAAUUCUGUGUCAAAUUGCCAAUCAAGUGUGGAGGAACAGCAACCCAGAUAAUGCAGAAAGAGGCUGGCUGCUGCUUCUCGGCUGCCUCAGUGCAUUUGCACCUUCCGACAAAAUAGAGAAAUACCUUCUAAAGUUUGUGUCAGACAAUGCCUAUAAUAGCUAUAAGGCAGUUUGCCAACAUAAGCUGAUCCAGGCCAUGCAGAAGUCCCUUUAUGGACCAGAGACAGCAAGGACUUACCCAUUGUCCCUGCUGGAAUGGACUGCCAACAGAAAGAAAGCCAAUAUGGUCCUACAGGUGCACUGUUUUGAUGGAACCUCCUUUCUGUGUCCUGUAAACUCAUGGACCAGUGGAGAGGAUCUGGCUGGGGACAUCCUUCAGUACAGGGGUGUUACAGAGUCCUGGAAGGGUUGUUCUGUCAUCAUGAAGGAGCAUGGGCAAUGGGCUGAGCUUGCAGGGCACGAUUAUGUAAUGGACCUGAUUGCAGACCUGGAGCUAAUGCGAGAUUUCCCAAAGCAGAAGUCCUAUUUCAUCAUCUCUGCUGAGAGUCCCACCAGAACCAGACCCAAUGCCAGCCUUGCUCUGUUUAGAAGUGGUUUUGAUUCAGAUGAUGAAAGUCCACUCCUUAACCCACCAGUGGCCAUCAGCAGUCUACCAGAUUCUGAUGGAUACUACAGUCAUGAAUCCGAUUUUAGUGAGGCUCCACCUCAGAGAGGUAUGGACCGAUAUCUGGACAGCUUAUUUGACCCAGUGCUGUCUGAUGGUAGUGGGGAUCUGGAGAAGCCAGCCAGCAUGUCCAGUCGGAUGAAGGGAGCUGGAGGGAUUGGGGGUGAGGAUGGAGAAGAGGAAGAAAAGACACGGGCCAACAGGCCUUAUCCCCCAGGACUGCAGCCCGGUGCGGUUCCCGUUCUGCCUGUUAUGGGGACUAUGAUGCCACCUAUACCUAUGCCAGCUAUGCACUCUGUGCCUUCAACUCUUACCCCAACAUCUACAGCCUCCGUUCCCUCUGUUUCUCCAUCAAUGCCAUCAGUACCAUCAAUGCCAGCUAUGUCAUCUAUACCUUCUAUGCCAGUGUUGCCUCCUUUACCACCUUUCUCAGCAUUACCUAAUGUGCCACUGAUGACUGAUGGGGCAGUAGAUCCCAAUGUCCUUGCACAGCAGCAGCAAGCCAUCAUCAACCAGCAAGCCAUCAUACUUGCUCAGCAAAUGACAAUGCAAGCAAUGGCCCUACAACAGCAGAUGUAUAAUUCAGUGGGUAGGCCAUACACUGGUCCAUCUUAUCACAAUGAACAUGCAUCAAUGCCCCGCUCUGGCCAAUCAAGCCCAAACAAAUCUGAAACUGGACCUACUCCACACACUCAAGUUACACCUGCCCUUGCACAGAGACCCUUCCGGCAUCAUUACGGCCAGCCCAGGACAAUCCCACAAGAAAAUGUGGUGAAGUCCACCAUCUCAAACUCAGAGUAUAUAGAACCAAGUCACAACAUCAAAGACAUCAUUAAACAGUACCAGCCUGGCAUAGUCAAACCUGUAGAUAUACCAAGAAGAGAUGCUAAAGUGUUUGUUAAGAAGCCAGACCCUCAUGAUGAAGCUAUGAUGAUCCUUAAAGACCAGAUGAAUUCACCACCUACCCAGCAGAAAAAGGCCUAUAGUCCAGGCUCUUCUGCUUCAGAUGUCGCAGAGCUUGGCAGACUACAACCAUCAAAGAGCAUAAAGAUGAAAAGACCACCUCCAGUGCCUGCUAUCAGUCAGAGGUCCCCAGCCCCAGCACCCGUAUCUCGAGAGCUUCCAGUUGAAGAGGAGACCAUUCAGACCCAGCUCCAUAGGAGGAGCAGCGAGGAGCACUACACCUACACAAACGUACCCUGGAAGAUCUACCUGAGAAAAGAGGUUUUCUAUCCCAAGGACAGCUUUAACCACCCACUGGUAUUAGAUCUCCUGUUCAAGCAGAUUGUCCACGACACAUUCUCCGAGGCUUGCAUUCGGAUCACAAAGGAGGAGAGACAGAAAAUGAAAUCCCUCUUUGCUGAGCACAGCAUUGACGAGGGUGCCACAACACAAGACGAGAAUGUGAAAAAAAAGGUUGUUAUUGCAGCAAGGGACACCUGGGAGAUCUACUUCUCUCGUCUUUUCCCAGCAUCUGGCAGUGUGGGCACUGGUGUCCAGGUACUUUCAGUGUCCCACAGGGGAAUUAAACUGCUAAAGAUGGUGAGGAGCAGCGCACUGGCUCCAGAUUACUUCCGAGUUUUAAGACCUUACAGCUACACAGAUAUCAUGUUUGUCACCAUUCCCUCUAAGAACAUGCUGGAGUUCAACCUCACCAAUGAGAAACUGAUUCUCUUCUCAGCCAAAGCUCCGCAUGUGAAGACCAUGAUUGACUACUUCAUCACAGAGCUGAAGAAGGACUCCGACUAUGUGGUUGCUGUGCGUAAUUACGUGACAGAUGACAGAACAGUGCUGAGUUUCCACAAAGGAGACAUUAUACGCUUGCAGAAAAUGGAGGGGCUGGAGGAAGGCCACUGCUAUGGUUGCAUAGUGAAAAAGAAGGUCAUGCUUCUUGAGGAGAUCAAAAGAGACACAUCUGACUUUGGCUGGAAGUUUGGAGCGGUCCAUGGUCGUGCAGGGGUAUUCCCUGUGGAGUUCGUCCAGCCAGUGGCUGCUCCAGACUUUAUCAACCUCCCUGUGGACAAGAAAGACGAGCCCAAGAAUAAACAGGGUCAUGUGGCAGCCUCUGCCGCCGUAGCCGUAGCUGUAGGUUCCACCGCUGCGGCCCAUGAGCUCGACCGCUCCAUUGAAGUGACUUCAACAGUGAGUGAUUAUACCGAGGCCCAUACAGACUACAGUCACAUAGAUAUAGAUGAGAGGAUUUUGCAGGACAGCCAAUACAACAUGGUGGAGUUUGCCAAGAAAUAUUUUCGAGAGGCCCAUAGGAAGACCAGUGAUUCACAAAGGCAAAGGUCAAAGAAGGGGAAGGAAAGCAAGGAAUUAUCAGAUAUGGUGAAAUUUUCCAAGUCUCCUAUCCAAGAGUCCUUGAUUGAGUUUACUGAUGAAAACAUGAACAAAGUUGCUGCAGACAUUUUCUUGGCUAUAAUGAAGUUCAUGGGGGACUCCCCAAUCAAAGGCCAAACUGAGCAAGACAUCAUCAGCACCAUACUAAGGCUUACUGGCGAAUAUGGUUUACUGAGAGAUGAAGCGUACUGCCAGGUCCUCAAACAGAUCACCGAAAACACCAGUUCCAAAACAGACAGUUGUCAGAGAGGCUGGAGGAUCCUGUACAUCCUUACAGCAUACUACCGAUGUUCAGAAGUACUGAAGCCCUACCUAUUGAAAUACCUUCAAGAUGCAUGUGCAGGUCCAGGGGUACAAUACCAAGGCAUCGCCAAAGCUUGCGAACAGAACUUAAGGAAGACGUUCCAAUAUGGUGGCCGCAAUAAACACCCUAACACCAUGGAACUAAAGGCGAUGAUGGCCAGCAGGAGCUCCAAACGGCAGCUAUUUCUUCUACCAGGUGGAAUUGAGCGUCAUCUAAAAAUUAAGACCUGCUCAGUUGUUCUGGAUGCCAUUGAAGAGCUAUGCUAUGAGAUGGGUCUACACAGCAUGGAGGGAAUGGAUGAAUAUGCUGUAUUUCUCGUCACAAACAGAGGUCAGAAUGUUCAGCCACUGAGCAAAAGGGAGUACAUCUUGGAUGUCACCACAGAAGCAGAGCUUAUUGAUAGCAACUACAACCUGUGGUUUAGAAGAGUGAUCUGGAAUCAGCCACUAAAAUUCGAUAGCGAGCUUGGAGUCACCAUGCAUUACAAUCAGGUUACCCCGGAUUAUUUAAAAUCACUUCUGAAUGUUGUGUCACAGGGCAGGCUUAGCGAACAGCAGCUUCAGCAGGUGUCAAAACUAGCUGCCCUGCAACAUCGCGCCAAGGACACCAUCUCUCUUCCAAGCCUCCAUGAGGUCCAAGACUGCAUCCCUGUCCCUCUGUAUGGACUACAGCCUUCCCAACAGUGGUUGAACUUGGUGACCCAAAACAUGCAGCAAGUCCAGGCACUGAGCCCCCAUCAGGCCAGAGCCCAGUUCCUGGGGCUUGUAAGUGUUUUGCCCAUGUUUGGCUCCUCAUUCUUCUAUAUACAAAGCAGCAGUAACAGUUCUAUAGACUGCCCCUGCAUACUAGCUGUCAAUCAAAAUGGCUUGAACUUUCUGAACAAAGACACACACGAGCUGAUGGUGAAGUUCCCCCUGAAAGAGGUGCAGUCUACGCGGACACAGAGGCCUGUAGCUGGCUCCAGUUACCCUUACGUAGAGAUAAUGCUGGGGGAUCUAACAUCUCAGCGCAUCACACAACUACAAGUAGAUCAGAGUCUGGAGCUGUGCCGUGUCAUCGCCAUGCACAUGGACAACAUGCUGUCCGUGCGAGAGAAGAGACUAACUCUGCCUCCCAGCGAGAUCACACUUCUUUAAUAUGCCUUCAAACAGCACAUCAAACUAUUCAUUGUCUCAUCAAAAGAGAUAGUGUUAUUCAAGCCUUUCUUUCAGAUAACGUUCAAUUCAAUUUUAUAUGUAUAGCACUUUUAACAAUGGACAUUGCCACAAAAGCAGCUUUACAGAAAUAUAUCAAUUCAGGAUAUCGAUUUUAAAUUAAUUAAUGUAUCCCCGAUGAGCAAGCCAGAGGUGACAGUGGCAAGGAAAAACUCCCUGAGAUGACACGAGGAAGCGACCUUGAGAGGCUCAGAAGGGAACACGUCCUCAUCUGGGUGACAACGAUCAGUGUGAUUAUAAACAAUUCCCUUCUAUAACUGUGUACUACAUGGUCAAAAAGUGCAGUUGUGUAACCAUUAUAGUUUUCACAUGAAGUCUAUUUUGUCGAAGUUAUCAACAUUUCAACAUGUUUUUGUUAACAUAUUACAUCAAACUGGAAUUUGACCAAAUUUAACCUCAUUAUAACAAUGUUCACAUUUACCAAAAACUAUUUCCAAGUGUCUACUCUACGGCUGAGCAGGAUUCCAUGGUUUUAAAUAUCACGACUACCUCUCAAAACAUGUUGAAGAAAUUCAUUUCAUAUGACCACAAGGACUGUGAUGUAACAUUUUCAAACUCUAAAGCGUAGCACAAUUGAAUACGAUUUUUUUUUUUUUUUUUUUUUAUAAAGUAUGCCAUUUUUCUACUGCUGAAUUGUGUUCUAAAUUAUUUGCACUUUACAAUGUGGUUAACAUGUAGAGUAAUUAAUGCAUUUGUGUGCUUUUUUAAAAAUACAAUUGAUUAAAAAAAAAAAAUCCACAGGAAUACAGCAUGAGACCAUUAUAGUGUUUAAUAUGUUUACAAGCAGGGGUAAAUGUGGGCAGGUAAAUGAACUGCGAGUGAAGCUGAGCUUCUGUAUUUUAAUUUAUCAUGGCAUAUUGGUGAUAAUACUAAUGAACGUGUAAUACAUUUUCACACUGCUUUACAGAGAAAUGCUUUUCAUUUCAAACAUGUAAACUGUGGUUUCACAAUGAAAGCAAUUAUUAACUUCUCUAUACAUUUGAUUAUUUAAAAAAUGUGUUCAUUUUCCUUGUUUAAAGGGCUCAUUGUAUCAUUUAUCUUUGCCAAAAUAGUUCAUUUAAUCGCUAAUUACAAGCUAUCAGAUUCUAAAUAAAUUUCUGCGACAUAGUAAAUUUAUAUUGAAAAUGUAAGAAUUCUGAUGCCACCAGGUUUAGAGGAAAAACGUUAUUAGAGCAGCGGGUCUCAAUGUGUGGUCCGGGGAUCCCCCAGCGAUCUAUGAUUUAAAAAAAUACUGUUACAGUGGUGGAACUCACUCAAAGUUAUUAUAUUUAUUAUUGAUUUCUUAUAUUUAUUAGCAUGUGGUAUGGUGGCUUAGUGGUUAGCACGUUGGCCUCGCACCUCUGGGGUUGUCGGGUUCCUCUGGGUACGCUGGUUUCCUCUCCAAGUCCAAAGACAUGGCAAAGGCAUUUCCAAAUUGUCUGUUUUGUGUGAAUGGGUGUGACUGGGAUUGUGCCCUACGGUGGGUUAGCACCCCAUCCCAGGAUGUCCCCUGCCUUGUGCCCGAGUUCCCUGGGAUAGGCUCCAGGCUACCCCAUGACCCUGUGUAGGAUAAGUGGUAUGGAAAAUGUAUGUAUGGAUGGAUAUUUAUUAGCCUGUUUGACUAGUCACUUGAAAAAAUGGGAUUCUUCCAAACGUCUGCGAUGGAUUUUUGUCCCAUCUAUGGUGUAUUCCCGCCUGACACCCAGUGUUCCUGGGAUAGGCUGCAGAUCCACCAUGACCCUGACCAGGAUAAAUCGGUAAAUGAAAGUGGGGGUGUGAGUUAUCCGAACCUCAAAAAUUCCAAAACAAGUAGACCUAUAAAUAAUGUCAACUUGGAUGAUGGAAAAUUCAGGAAUAAAAAGUUCUUUGCCUCCAAUAAAUAGCCAACAAAAUUCAUUGUACCACGUUUAAAUAAAGAGCGGGGCAUGGCGUAAGGGGGGAAAUACUGCUUAAUUUCAACAGCUCCUUUUUUCUUCACAGCAAAUCAAUGGUAUGAUUUUUCAUCCCAACUUUGCUGUUGCAGACAAAAAUCUCACAUCCUUAAAAUGUAUUUAUUUAUUUAUUCAUUUAUUUAUUAUUAUUAUUUUACAAUUUCAGAGUGUGAACACUGCUAUGACACUCACCUAAAAAACACCAACAGAAGGCAUGCCAACGUGCAAUACUCUA